AGUGUCUGGUAUGCGCAUGGCAGCAAUUUGCCUCAGCAGUAUAGCAGGUGUGUCGGUCAUGGAAACGUCUAUUGUUUUGGGAAGACACGUAACCACAUUCUUCAAUCGUUUUCUAUUCAGAAAGUCACAAUCGAGUUCCCCGAGCCCGGCACCAUUUUCUUAUAUGAAAACAUGCAACAGCUUACGUCUUCUUAGAUAUUAUAGAAUUCAACCCAAAGAAAUGCCUCAAUCAAGAUCAAUUGUUGUUUCUGGUCCAAGUGGAUGUGGAAAGUCAACAAUAAUAAAAAGGUUGAUGAAAGAGUUUCCUGAGAAGUUUGGAUUCAGUGUAUCUCAUACAACAAGACUGCCAAGACCAGGAGAAGUACAUGGGAAAGAUUACCAUUUUACAACUAGAGAGGCAAUGCAGAAAGAAAUUGAUUGUGGAGAAUUUUUGGAACAUGCAGUUUUUAAUAAUAAUUUUUAUGGAACUAGCAAACGCGCAGUUCAAGAUGUAUUUAAAGAGGGGAGAGUUUGCAUCCUAGAUAUUGACAGACAGGGUGUUAUCAGCGUCAAGAAAACUGAUUUAGAUUGUGUAUUGGUAUUUGUCAAACCACCAAGUCUAGAAGAGUUGGAAAAAAGGCUUCGUGGACGUGGUACAGAAACCGAAGAUUCGAUACAACGGCGUUUAAACACAUCGAAAGAGGAAUUCGCGUACGCGGAGAUACCUGGCUCAUACGAUUAUAUUUUAGCAAAUGAUCAUCUAGACACGGCCUAUGAGGAAUUUAAAUUGAUUAUCGAUAAGGAAGUGACAAAGCUGUUUUAACACACCGCAUCGCGCGUAGUGGACUCACAGACUCCUUGUGUUAUGAAUUUUUACCACAGUCCUAUGAAUAGGUAUCAAAUAAUUGCCCUAGGUAUACUUGUAUACACUGAUCAUAGGCACUGAUUAUAGGCACUGAUCAAGGGCACUGAUCAUAGGCACUGAUCAUAGGCCCACUGGCCCUAGCAAAUGUAUCAAAAUUUGCGUAAGGCUACCCACGCAGUAUCUUUUAGUAAUGUAAUGUUAUUUGUCGAAGUGAUGUUUAUUGUCAUUAGGAUUAUUAUCUUUUGCAACUAUUCGUUUAUAUUUUAUCCCAAAGCAAAUCGUACAAAUAUAGCUAUUGCCGCCAACCAGAAGCAACAGCUAUUUUGUGAUUAACUCUAAUUCAAUCCCUGUCACAGACCACAUGGUUCGUUGCAUAUCGAUUACUUAGAACGAGAAAGUUGAAUAUAAUUUUCAAUUUUGGAUUGAUGGAAUCUUGGGUCAGUUGGCUAAUGCAGGGCCUCCGACGAAGGGAGGGGGGCAUGGCUCCCAACUUUUUUGGAAAACAAUAGAGCUUUUUUCAUUGUUAAAUCUUCCCUUGCCCCCCCCCCCCACUUUCCAACCUGCGUCGGAGCCUAUGUAAUACUUGGCCACGCAUGGCAAGUACUUGAUAUCUUGAUGUUUAUGGGAUUAGUCAAAUUGUUUUCAAUGUUGAAACCAGUCAGCUAACGAGAAGACAUCUUAACCAAUCAAAAUUACUGCAAAUUCAUUAUUGCUUCAGGCGUUCAGAGAGAUUUAACUUUGAUUUGCAACGUCCUAUGCAGGCCAGGUGAUUCCAGUAUUGUUAUCUUUUCUAAAUGAAAUGAUGGUGACCCCGAGCAUGGGCUUUAAAUGCUUUUAUUUUGUAAAAUUAAGAGAAGAAAUACAAACUGUUAUAAAAUUUCUUUUGCCUGGCAAAGUAAUACUUGCACUUAGGAUGCUCCUGUGAGCAAAUACUAGCUUCUAGAAUGUAUUUUGCAAAAGGUAAUAAUAAUUUUGUGUCUGCCA